CUCGCAGAGACCGACGUCGUGACGCAAUCAACGAGCGACGACAUCUUGAAUUGUUGUUUCUUCAAAUCGUGGUCAGAUGAAACUCAGUUUGACAUUUCACAGACAAGGGGACCAUGGUGGUGUUACUGUUCCAUUCAGAGUCUACCUGUCAAUGAGGAGCACCUUAUAUCUGACAUGUUCCAGUCUGUUGUCAAGUCGGUGACCUCUAUGGCUUGAGAACAACCUUUUCUUUCACAAAGCAAAAGUACUUUGCAGAAUAAUUCCUGGAGGGAAGCAUCAGGACACAAAUCAAGGAAAGGACAAAACACAACACCUAACAUUCAGAGGAUCCAAAGGAAGGAGAAAUAAGGCGUUUGGACAGGGGGGUGUUGGGGAUGGGGUUGAAGAGCCAAAGGAGGACGUCAUGGUUCACAGCGGCUCUGCAUCCCCAAUGAAAACAACACCAUCAGCCUCACCUCAUUUAACUGCUCCUGCUACAGCGCCUCCUCCUCUAGUGCCUCCACAUGGAAAUACUACAAAUCAGGAUCUGACCCCUGCCAAACUCCUUACCACAGACCUUACCUCCAACUCAGUCUUGACCCAGCCCUCUAAUCUAACUCCUGUUGAACCUGAGCUCCCUGUUGUCACCUCAGCAAGCGCACUUGCUACUAACUCAAGCCGAGUGUCAUCCUGCUCCUCCACACAGACACCUACCACUACUGAGGGCCAAGUCAAUGGCCGUACGUCAGGCAGGAAGAGGACUCCUAAAGCCUGUGACUGCUGUGGCUCCACCGGUACAGGACACAAUGUCAGAACCUUGGGCAGAGGGAAAGGGAGAGGGAGAGGAAGGGGGCUCGGAAGGGACGUCAGAGACACCCCAAAAAGGAAAGUGGAGGGCCUGCUGACUCGUAUUAAGUGUUUUGAUUUGACCACGGAGAAUGUAGAGGAAGCAGAUGAUGAAGUUGACUGCUAUGAGAAGGUGCAAACGACUCUCGUUGUGGCUGAUACACAGUCACAAAUGGAUGUUGCUCUGCCUGUUACAGUCUCCCUUCAGGAUGAACCACUAAGGAUUUAUGUUGCUCCAGAGAAAAGAGAUGCACAGAAAAUGGAGGACAUGUUGAUAGAAGGGUCAGGGGGGAAAGGAGGUGGUGAUGGCAGGGAUGUGGAGAUGAUAUUGUCUGGAAUAGCAGGCAAGGGAGCACCAGUAGCAGGUGGGAGAGGAGGGGGGAAGAUGGUGGGAGCUUUGUCUGCAUCACAAAUGGAUGUAGAAGGUGGAGUAAAGAAGGGAGGUUUUGUCAUCAGUUCUAAAAUGGAUGCCCAUGCUCCAUUAGUGUUUAUGCAGAGCCACAGGCAAAACAAAGAUGCAGACAUGGACCAUGGAGGGCAGACUGACACCAGCUCAGUUAAAUCUUCAUUUGAAAACGGAGACACGGUAAACCUGAGUGACACUGAACCUGAAGAGGAUACAAAAGAGGGCAACAUGACAGUGAGGGAAAUGGCAAAUGGGCUACUUUCUAUAUCCAGACAGUCGGGUGCUUCAAGGUCAGGAUCUGCCCAGGACCUGGACUCUGAUAUGCAGGUGGACAAGACUCAUGACAGAACAGACUUGACGUCUCUACCAGUAACUCUGUCCAACGGAAAUGUCCCCACAGCAGAAAAUACUGACCAUUGCUCCACACUUAUGGAGGUGGAAACUUCUCGUCCAGCUGUGGUUGCCCCUCCAUUCCAGGGCCCUGUGACAGUGGUCAGCAUGAAGUACAGCUGGGCAUUAAGAGACCACAGGCUGUACUGUCAGCCUGGAACCUGGGUGGGGAUGGAAGAAGUGUCAACAAAUGGACGAGAGCUGGAUGGAGAGAAGCAGGAUAAAGAAAGGCUUGAGCAGCUCACUGAUAUGAUCCACGAGUUCCUGGAGAGCUUCUACAUGAAGUACGGCAGUUUCAUUCCUCUCACUGAGAGUGAUGUCCUGGAAUACCUGAAGAAGAAAGGCAACUCUGACCCCAGCAAGGAGCUAGACAUCAAAAGGGAGAUGGCUCGGUAUCGGGCGGGGCUGGCCUCUGCUCCUAUCGCAGGCUUCAUGGUGUCGUAUAACAAACACACCCUGGGCCUGGAGGACCUCGGCACGCUGGAGGAACAGAACUGGCUUAAUGACCAGAUCAUCAACAUGUAUGGAGAACUCAUAAUGGAGACAACACAACACAAGGUUCAUUUUUUCAACAGCUUUUUCCACAAGCAGCUGGUUGCCAAGGGUUAUGACGGUGUGAAGAGAUGGACUAAAAAAGUUGACCUGUUCUCCAAGUGGCUGCUGCUGUUUCCCAUCCAUUUAGAAAUCCACUGGUCUCUCAUCACGGUCACCAUGGCAACCAAAACCAUCAGUUACUAUGACAGCCAAGGCAUUGUCUUCAGACACACCACUGAUAACAUAAUGAAGUAUCUUCAGUCUGAAGCCAGAGAGAAGCAACAGGCAGCUUUCCAGAAAGGCUGGAAGAUUACCAUCAUCAAGGGUAUUCCUCAGCAGAAGAAUGACAGCGACUGUGGCGUUUUUGUCCUUGAGUACUGCCGUUGUCUCUCUGUGAAGCAGCCUCUUCUGUUCAGUCAGGAGGACAUGCCGCGUAUCCGCAAGAGAAUCCACAAGGAGCUGUGUGACUGUCACCUCAGCGAUUGAAUGACUGAAUAACGGCCGCGUUCCCUCACUGCAGCUCGCCUUGUUAUAUGAGACAGUCUGUCCAAGUCUGUCAGAGGGCCUGUGUUACUGACAGUCUGCUACAUAAGCUAAUGCAACGCGGCCCUUUAUCCUCCAGGGAGCUCUAACUGCCACUCGGCCUGUUUGACUGGCGGCAGAGCAGCUGCUCAAUUGGACCUUUUUGUGACUUUUGGGAGAUCAAUAACAGUCUGCGGCUGAUUUUGACUUGCAAGGAACUACUGAUGUGGCCCCCCACUGACCCACAGAAAUGCUGGUCCUUUACCCAUCAGGUUGUUUUUGCAUUCUACAUGUACUUUUCCCAGUGGAUUUCAACCAAGUGGACACAAGGGAGCUCUGACUUGGACUGAGAACACGUCCAUUGGACCAGCCUCGCCCAACGAGAUGGACCUCGCAUCCCAAAUGGAGUGGCCUUACAUCCCAGAUGGCCAUUUUCACCGGAACAACAUUUUAAAACUGUUUAUUUUAUGCUGGACUGUGCUGCAGUCUCGCACCUAUUGUGAUAUGCGUGGUUUCUAACAUGUCUAAUAAAGUUAGGAUGUUUUUAUUCAGUGGACCAACUGUUCACUUAAAACUUGAAGGGUUGGUUUGGUUCUCUCUGACUCCAGAUGUUUGCACGGUUAGAGGCCUUUCCUUUGAAGAGUCUAGAUUAUCAACUGAAUGUACUGAUCACAUAUUCUUCCUGACUGCCUCGCAGGUGCAGACUCAGCACCGUACCGGCUAAUGGCACAGUUAGGCUGUGGCUUGAAACCGGGAUAUACUUUUUUUUAAAUGUAGUUUAUUUUUAUUUUUAAGUAUCAGUUUUUGAAACCGUAAUCCAAAUCAUUUCUUAUUAAAAUUCCAGUUUUUCCACAAACUUUUUUAUGCCUUUUUUCUUUUGUAGUGAUCCCAUUCUUAGCUGAGUGUUCCCAUUCUUGUGUGACCAUGAACCCAUCAAUUUGAGUUAAACUUUUGUCAAAUUCAUGUUCUGCUGUACAGCUAGCUGCUGAUGUGAGGACCACCGUUUCCCUUCAUAUUAGCCACACAGGUGCAGACGUUAACAGAAACAAGGGGACCUCAGCUGUUUUCAUUCUGUCCUACCUAGAUUUUGUUGUUAUAUUCCGUUAAUGUAUUUACAGAUUGAAUUGUACUUUUACUGGCCUACUACUGUACAUGCUUGCUUUGGCUAAAAACUAUAGUUGUUUCUUGACUGUUUUUAUUGUUGUUAUUAAAAACGCCAAUACUGCUGGAAA